AUGGAGAAGUUCGGAAACAGUCCACUAACUGAAUACUACGGGGGAAGAAGGCCUUCUGCAGUAACGUUUGAGGAAGAUGUGGGGAAUGAAAUACAGAAGAUGCUGCAAGGACUUGGAGUUGACAUUAAACAGGCUCUUCUUGCAAAGAGAAAAAUGUUUGAAGUGAAUGCCAAAGCUUUUGUCAAAACCACUAACGAAAAAAUUGAGCAUGUUUGGAACAUACAGCAAGAACAAAGGCAGAAUCUUCAUCUCAAAUAUUCUCAGCAGUUUCUGACUUUGUAUCGGGCGUGGGAUACAGACAUGCGGAAAGCCCGGGAACAAGAAGAAAAACUAGCUGGUAUGUUCCGAGAGCAACGAAAGAUUCUUCAACAGGCUAGAGCUGUUCAGAACCAGAGGCUGCAAAAAAUUAAAAACUUACAUGAGCAAUUCUUAAAGAGUAUGCAGGACUUAGAGAAGGACCAUGAACAUCUUCUUACUGAUGAACAAAGCGAAGUUAGGGAAGACAUGACCAAGUUGCGAAACAAAAUUAUGAUGGAAGCUCAGCAGCAAGCGCUGGCAAUCGUUCAGAAGUCUCUUCAUUCCCUGUUGUUCUGAUGACUUUGAAGAAAGAACAGGAACCCAAGUCUUACGAUACAAGUGUAACAUUAGCUACACUGAACCACGUUGUAGUAGUUUAAAAAUUAUAGUUGAAAUCAGUACAUCUUGUUUAUCAUAGCUUGCUUGGUAAGUGCAAGAAUCUAUUCCGGUUAAAACCCCCAACCCUAAACAGUUAUGUGGGUAGCAGCAAUUCCACAAUUAUAUGUAUUACGCUUUCAGCCCUUCGUUAGUAAUGACUUUUUGUACUUAACACUGUCAGUUAACUUUUAACAAUAACGAUGAUUUAAUUCUAGGCUUGGCCUCAGCGGAUCUGUAUCAGUCCCAAAAGGUUCAAAGCACAAGUACAGAAAGAAGGUUACAUUGCUUUUCCUAAAGGAAAAAAAAAAUUAAAGAAUAUAAAAUCUAUCUUAUCCAUGUACCUGCUUGUAUUUACUCAUUAGUUUACAGAGCCAAUUCCAAUAAAAAUAUGAUUUCAGAAGAAAAUGUACUCUACUGCCUUAUAAAAAUUAUUGAAAGUAAACAUGAGAUUGUGUUUUUGAAUAAAUUAAACUGCCUAAAAUCAC